AUGUUGUUCGGAGUUGAUUGCUAUGGUAAGAAGUCUAGGGCCUCCUACCUGGUUUAUGACCUUUUCUGUAAUGAUCUCAACUGGCCGGAUAUGAUAAAAGCUUUGCUCAUUGCAGAUGAACGCAAUGUAAAUGAUAUAGAUAACGUAACAUUUCCUGAACGACUAAAAUUGGUGCAAAAAUAUCCAGUGGUUGUUGCCAGACAAUUCUCAACAAGAGUUAAUGCUCUUAUGCGUUAUUUAAAACAAAAUAAUGUCUGCUUAGGUGGAAGUAUCCUAGACUAUUGGUAUAGGAUAGAAUUCCAGAAUAGAGGAAGUCCACACUUGCACAUGUUAGUGUGGUGUGAAAACAUUCCUGAUUUUUCGACAAAUGAAGGAAUAAGUGUAAUUGAAAGAGUUAUUUCGUGUUCUUUGAACCCCCAUAACAAAGAGUUAUUAAAUCUAGUCCAAAAUGUCCAAAUGCAUAGACAUACCAACACCUGCUACAAAGAUCGUACCAACCAUUGUUGUCGUUUUGGGUUUCCCAGGGCUCCAAGUGACGCUACCUUAUGUUUGGGUCCUGAUGAAGCACUUACCAACAACGGUCGGUUUUGCAUCUUGCGAAGAACUUCUCAAGAAACUAUGGUAAAUAACUAUAGUCCUGAAAUUCUUAGUCUUUGGGGAGGAAACAUGGACAUUCAGCCAUGCGGAAAUAUCUCUGCCGUCGCGUAUUAUGUUGUAAAAUAUGCGAGUAAGUGUGAACCUCACGACACUGGAGACGUUGUACGCCAAGCAAUUACAAAAGCUAAAAGACGGGGUGGCACAGUGUGGAGCCAACUGUUUGCGGUCUCUAUGGCAAUACUCUCGCACCGAUUGGUAAGUGCUCCCGAAUGUGCAUAUCGUCUUUGCCACCUGCCGCUUAAAAUGAGUUCUCGUAAAACAAUAUUUGUGAAUAGCUGCAUGCCAAAUCAACGCUUUCGUUUAUUGCGAUUUGAAGGUGAUGAAACUACAAUAUACAACAACAUAUUUAACCGUUACGUGUUGAGGCCUGAUGAGCUAGAAAACAUUAGUCAAGCAGAAUUUGCUGUGCGUUAUGAGACGAUUUCAAAUAUUAUGUCGAGUGAGGAAGAUGGUGAUAUUGAACUGAGAGAACCUGUUGAUGGGCCUAUAAGAAUAAGAUAUAUACGAGUGAGGGAUGCUUCACGCAUGCGAGUAAGAAAUAAGCCAGCUGUGUUACGUACACGUUACUACACACUUAAUAGUGACAAAGAUGGGUAUUAUUACAGCUUAAUUGUUUGCCAUAUUCCAUUUCGCGAUGAAAACCAACUAAUGUUGGAAGACGAGACUCCAGAAUCUUGUUUUCUUAGACGAAAAGACGAAUUAACGCCUUUGUUGACUAACGUUAGUACCGAAGAUUUCGCUCAUGCAGAACAAGUCAUUCAACAAGCACUUGCACUUGCCCAGGCAAUUGCUUUAAAUGUUGCACGUAAAACGUGUUGCGAAAAUGUUCCUCGAGAAACGGGUUUCAAAAAUAUCAGGGACGAUCAAAUUAUAAACGUCGAUGAACAUAUUAUCCAAAAUCAGGACGACUACUGUGAAGAUGUAGAAGAAAGAGGUGCAAUGCCUGAUGAUAUCUUUUUAAAUAAUAUUAGAGGUCUAAACAUACAGCAGAAGGAUUUAUUUCAAAGAAUUUCUACGGCCAUUGAAAAAGAUUUACAUGGUGAUGAUGAAAAGUUGUUCCUUUUUAUAACUGGAGGAGCUGGCAGUGGCAAAUCAUUUGUUUUAAAAUUACUCGUGGCGCACAUUAAGAGGUGUUAUGCGCCUACAGUUGAUUUGCUUCUAAAGCCUAAAUUUGUUGAGGUAGGUUCAUUGACUGGUGUCGCCGCCCGCCAGGUACUUGGGAAAACAUUGCAUUCUCUUUUUUCUCUUCCCAUCGAAACAGGUAAUUCAACUGCAUAUAGACGCUUAACUGGUGAAAAGCUUGAACAAGAAAGACGUAAAUGGCGUAACACAAGUUGGUUAGUGAUUGACGAAGUAUCAAUGGUUUCUUACGAGAACUUACGAAUGAUUCAUAUGCGUUUACAGGAAUACAAAAACAAUGAUAAGUUGUUUGGUGGCAUAAAUAUUGUUCUCUUUGGAGACAUCAUGCAACUGCCCCCUGUAAAAGGACAUUGGUGCUUUGUCCAGCCACUUUGGAAUGCUGCAGAAGUUAAUUUAUGGCACGCAUUUUCAUUCUGCGAAUUAACGAUCAAUAUGAGACAACGAAAUGAUAUAGAGUUUGUUGACCUGUUAAACAAUUUACGCGUAGGCGAAUUGACAACAAGUCAACUGGAAUUGCUCUGUCAGAGGCGAAUGGUGGAUUUAGAUGAAGAGUUUAAGGAUGGUGUUGUGGUUCGAAUAUUCCCGACCGUCAAACAAGUUGACGAAUACAAUAAUGAGAUGACAGCUAUAAAUUCAAAACAAAAUCGCGUCUAUACAAUCCGUUCCAUAGAUGAGUCUCGUGAAGUUGCUACCUAUGGAAAGAAACCUCCAGAUAAUGUUGUUCCAAAAGAUGUGAAUAAUUGUGGUUGA